GCAGGAGCAGGUGACAGGCUGGAGGCUGAUGGGGGCUCUUUCUUAGGCCCAGGAGGGAGGGGUGACCCCUGAAAUGGGGAGGUUUUUCCCAGGUCCCUGCUCCUGCAGGAGCUCCCUCCCUCUGAGGUUCCAGUGGGAGGGUCUCAAAGGUCUGUGGGUACAAUCUCCGGGGCUGUGGGUGGGGAUCUGUGAGCCCACCCUCUUCCCUGUGUGGUAGAGUAAUGUGCUCUGAAUGCCUGGGUUUGGUAGAAGGUUGUGCAGGGGGAUAUGGUCUGUCUUCUUGUACAGAAGAGAGAUGCUGAGAACCAGCUCAGCCAAGAAUCACGAGGGAAAGCUCAGCAGAAAGAGACUGAAUGAUGUGGUUGGAGUGAGAGUCAUGGACAAAUGGGUGGGCAAGAGCCCUUGCAGAAGCUGGGAACAAGCCUGGGAAAGGAGCGGUCUCUUCACCAGGGGGGCUUCUCCAGCUUUAAAAGGUAAUGCAGCUGGAGUGACUGAUGGGAUGGAUGUGAAGACUAAGAUGAAGAGACCCCAGGAGAGUGGGACACUGAGACUCCCCAGGAGGGCAGUUGGCUGCCCCAGGAAGGAGGGCAGGUCCCCCAGCCUGCAGCUUACACACAGUGGGGGUCCCUGGUCCUGUUGGGAGACCGCUAAGGCUUCUCAGGCCAGCAGCCUGUGCAGGUCUGAGCUGUGGCUGGAGGUGCCGGCCAGCUUGUGUUGCACUGAGUGCCUCGGGGAGGCGGCGGCCGUGGUUGAAUAAGGGCAGGCUUGAUCUCGGAGGCUUCUGAGAUGCAGCCACAGUUCCGCUGCCUGGAAUGAGGCAAAGGAUGCAAAAGGCUGCCCUGGGUCAGGCCGGGCCUCCUUCCCCCUCAUGUGGCUUCUCAAGUUCCGAAGUCACCUUGUGUGGGGGAAUCACCGCACCGAGAGGGACCUGGACAUGGAAAGACCUGGACCUGGAAAGACCAUUGGUGUGAAAGAGCAGAGACCUGGUCCUAGGCCAGGUUGUACUACUACGGACUGGCUUCCAAACCAUGGGUUUAUUCAUUAACCUCUUUGGAUCCUCAGUUCCCACAUCUGUGAAAUGGGAAGGCACCUGAUAGCUGAAGCUACAAAAAAAUUAAACUUACUAAAUAGUAUAAAGACAGGAGACAGCACCCAAAGCAGCCGAGACCUAGCCCACCCUGGCUGAAAGACGGUGACUCCUGUGCCGAAGCAGAGGCUGACAUGGGUGAACAGGACUGCCUGGGGCAGAGCUGUGACCGCUGGGAAACAGGUCCUACCGUAGGCGCUGGGAUAAUAGAGACCCCCUCGGAGCAGCUUAACGGAAGACUGGUGGGCUGCAAACCCAACUGCGGGAAGCCCCGCCUUAGGGUGGGAGGAACCCAAGCGCUUCUUUCGAGUGACGCUUCUUCGUUCCUCUCUCUCGUCUCUCUCGCUUCGGUCUCCCAGAUGUCUUUUCUGCUGCUGAGCAGACUGGCAGGCAGCCGGUGAUGGGGCCCUACUUGGAAGACCCCCUCCUCUGCUGGCUCCUGCGAUUCUUCAGCCUCCUCGUCAGUGUCUACAGCAGUGGGACCAAUGGUGGAGGCCCUGCUCCUGGAGUUCAGGAUUCUGGAGCUCCUGAUCCUCUGCAGGGGAUCCGAGGAGGUUCUGUGCUGUUUCCUUUGCCCAAGAAGCAAGACGCUGAGCUGGAGGAGGUCACGUGGGGCUUUGGUCCUGGGUCAGAGUACAGAGUCCUGCUGCGAGUCCGUCCUGGGGAAGCUCCCACCUGGGUCAGCCUCCAGGACAGGUACCAGCAGAGGGUCCAUGUGCCCAACAUGACGUCCCUGAAGAUUGAGAACCUGACCCCUGAGGACAGUGGGCUGUACCGGGCUCGAGUUAGCUUUACUGGAGGAGUAGAACUUACCAAGGUUUUCCACCUCACUGUCUAUGAGCCAGUGACCAUUCCCCAGAUCCUGGUCCACUCAUCAUCCAUCACACCAGGCUGGUGCAAUGUUACCAUGGAGUGCAGGACCUCAGGGGACGCAGAGGACCUGAAGGUGACCUGGGAGGGCAAGGGCCUCCCCAGGGAGCUGGAGGAGAGAGUGACAUCAGGACCAACCCCCAAUUCGUGGACCCUGGCUGUGCACCUGCCCCAGAGCCAGCCCUACACCAACAUCACCUGUGUGGUCAGCAACGAAGUGGACCAGAAAACUGCCACCUUCAACCUUGGGGAAGUCUGUGUCCAUGGUUCACAUGGACAAGCCAAAGCUGUUGCCCUGCCAGGCAUCUUAGGGGCAGGGGCUACUGUGGCUACACUAUUACUGAUCCUUGGAAUUGGACUCUGCCUUUGGAAGAAGAAGAAGAAGAAGAAGAAGAUGGAGACUGCAAGAGGAUUGCAGGAGGAGUCUAAGGACCGUGACGGUGGCAUCCAAUAUGUAGAGCUGAGCCAGCAGGAUUCUCGAGAGAGCACGGACCAGGGUGAUGGUGAACGACGUCUAAAUGAAAAGGAGUCUCUUAAUACUGUCUACAGUGAGGUCCAUAAGCCAGCAAGUGUGCCCAUGAAGAUAAUUUAAUUGGAGGAGGCAGAAGAAUUGACACUCCUAGGACACCUCCAUUCUGAAUUUGAUCCCUGCAGAUACCUGCCCCUACGAGUGCUGGUCCAGCACCAGCUGCCUCUGGUCUGCAUUCCUCUGACCUUUGUGCCCUCAACUCCCUGGGCUCACGUGGCCCUGUCACUUCCUCUGUCAACUCUAUAUGCUGCCUUCCACUCAGGUUCCUCACUCCAGAAGGACUAGUGCUCUUUCUCCGUCAUUGACUCUGCUCCUGAUUCCUCUCCUUCUGAAGUUUCCCUAGGAGGAUCUCCCUACCUGUGCAUGUGUUCAUCCCCACAGCCUCUGCGCUGUGGCUGGUGUGUAUCUUUCUGAGAACAGGAGCCUGGGCGUGGGGACUGUGUAGAGGUUUCGACUACACCAUAGAGGGAGUUAGGAACUUGGAGCUGGGUGUUGAGCUGAGUGUCCAUGGAGGUGGCCUGGAUGGAUGGGUAGGAGCCUACAAAAGACGGGCCUGAGGCGUCCUUUGUAUGGCAAAAGGUGUUGGAGGGACUGUCUAGUAUACAUCAUACAUGGGGGCCAGAGCCCUUGAUCCUGAUCACCCAUACUAACCUCAGCUUCAGCUCAUGGGCCUUAAAUCCAUCUCUCGUGGAAUGUGAAGAGGAAUUUGUAUUGUCUCUGGUCCUUCCAAGCCAACUCCUUUUCAGAGAAAGACCCCAGGAACCCAAUGUUGGGACUCUGUGUUCUUCCCUGUCUGGGCCAGGGGUUCUUGUCAUUAGAAUGGUCAUGCAGGGAGUUCCUGUUUUGCAGCAGUGGAAACAAGUGCUACUGGUAUCCAUGAGGAUGCAGGAUCCAGUAUUGCUGUGAGCUGUGGUGUAGGUCGCAGAUGCGGCUUGGAUCCCACAUUGCUGUGGCUAUGGUGUAGGCUGGCAGCUAUAGCUCUGAUUUGACCCUUAGCCUGGGAAUUUCCACCUCCAUGUGCUGUGGGUGUGGCCCUAAAAAGAAAAAGAAAAAGAAUGGUAGUGCAUGUUCCCCCACCACCCCCAUGGUGAGGCUGCUAUGAGGUGUGAAGGGUGAAACUUAGGGGAAGGUCUGAACCAGCCCUCUCCUGCCUCUUCUACUGACCCUCAGACCCCACAGUCCUGCUGGCCUCAGAUCCUGGGUCAGUCUCCUCUUUGCUCACUCACAUCCCUCUGCCUGGAAUGAUGGAUCCUUUACCCUGUCUCUUAUUCCCAUCCCUGGCUGUUGAAAACCUACCAACCCACCCAAAGCCUCUCUUCAAGUCACGUGUUCCAGGGAGCCUGUCUGCUACCAAGAGUUGGAAAUGUCCUCUCCCACAUCUGACCUUCUUGAACACCAUGGACAUAACUAAGGCCCUUGCUGCUAUCGGCCAUGGACUGGUCAUGCCAGACUUGCCUAGGGCUCCCUCAAGAGGGUGUUGGGGUUUAGGAGGCAAGGACCAAGAAGACAAACACCUGUCUCUAAGCCUCCUCACAACUUCCACGGGGACUCAGCAGACUGAGACCCAGAGCACAGAGGCUGCUGAAGGUCUCGCUGGUGGUGAGCCCACUUGGAAGCAAAGAGGGAUGUGAUGACCUCCCAUGACCUUGCCUGGCCCAGAGAUCUGAGGAGGGGCUUCCCCACCCCAUCUCCAGCCUCCCAUUGCCUGAGGACCUGAUACAGCCUGCACUGUGCUGUGUGGGGUCUUCUCCUCCCCCUGGGGGUUUUCAUCUCAUCAAAGCCUCUGCCUCCUGCCUUCGGUCUCAGCUCUUGGGUCAGAGAUGGGCUCGCUCUGGAACGAUGAUCUGUGGAAACUUGACUGCUGGUCUAGAUUCCUGGAUUUCUUGGUUCCCUUCCCAGCUCAGCAAGCUCAGCUGAUUCACCUCUAACUUCAGAAAGCAAAGUUCUGAGCUAAAACCUUGAGCAUGAUGAAGCAAGGCUGGGAGCCUUCUUCCCAUGGAUAAAGGAGGAUGAGAGUUUCAAUAAUAAAGCUGUUUCUAACCUCUUUCUGCUCAGGCUGAACAGAAGGCUAAGAGAAAAAGAGGAGGUCUGCCACUGGCCUCCCAGGUGACCGGUCAUGCCUGGGUGUCAGUGCCCAUCAGCCCAGAAGCAAUGUAAGAGGUGACUACCCAUUGAUCCCUCCCCUCCAACCUAUAGCAGGAGAGAAAAAAAAAAGAAGAAAAACGAAAGGAACCAGAUUUUCUAAGUCUAUAAUGAACUAGAUUUUGUCCUAGGCAUUUUAUAAAUACUACAUCUUCUAAAUCUUACGAGAACUCUCUAGGGUAGGUAUUUCUAUCUUCAUUUUGCAGGCAAAGUAACCAAAGUCCCCAAAUAGUUGUUGGUAGAGCAAAGCCUUCAAUCCUGCCCUGGAUGAUUCCAGCAUUCAUACCUUAUCCUUUGCUACAUGGCCACUGAAGCCUUUGGAAUCCUGGAGUACUCAGAGGAGACUAUCCUCCAUGUGUUCCUCUCCCAGGGAUCCUGGUCUUCGGACUCAGGUGCCCCAGCUUGGGGUUCAUCCUCAUGGUGGAUGCAGCAGCUUGUGGUUGAAAGAGGAAUUGUUCCUUAAGUGGACAUUGAGUGGGAAAUGUGGGUGGGAGACAUGGAAUGAGGGACCUUGCCCCCUGGCUCAGAUGAGAUAUUCAAAUUAGAGAUGCUUCUCUCUCUUGGGCCUUGUGGGAGCUCCUUCCUCUCAUUCAAUGUACGUUGUGGAUUUCCAUGUCCCUAUUCUCAAAACAACUUCCCUUUGCAUUAUUAUUCAUAACUUCAUUCAAAAGUUCUGUGAGGCAGACUUCCCCAUUGGACAGAUAAAAAAUCAAAAUCCAGAGAUGUUAAGCACCCAGCACAAAUUCUCCUGAGUCUGAGUCUAAGUGAUGUAGGUGAAAUUUGGUUCACGAGAUAAUAAUUACCCUCAUUUUGACUCCUUUUUUUUUGUAUUCUAGGUUUUCAUUUUUUUUUCUUUUAAAUUUUUAUUAUAAUUGAUUUACUAUGUUCGGUCCAUUUCCGCUGUAUACCAAAGUGACACGGUUAUACAUAUAUAUCUUUCCCUCAUAUUAACCUCCGUCAUGUUCCAUCACAAGCGAUUUGACUCCUUCUGCCUUACCCCAGACACCCAACCGGUCCCCAUCUUCCACUGGGUUAUCCUUCAUAAAGCUUCUUGUUCUCCAUUCUCUUCUCAUUCUUUCAUUCCCAUCUUCUACCUGCAGCUGCACCAUUUUUACAUUUCCACCAGCAGUGUGAGGAUUUCUCCACAUUAUAUCCAAAUCUUUUUUUUUUUUUUUUAUUGUAGCCAUCUACAUGCUGUUGAAGUGGUAUCUCAUUGUGGUUAUUAAUUAUAUUUUACAAAUGAUUAAUGCUAAACAUGUUUUCAUAAAGCACAUUAACCAUUUGUAUACCUUAUUCGAAGAAAGGUCUUUCUCCAAUUCUCUCUCCCUCUCUCUUUUUUUUUGUCUUUUUAGGGCCACACCCAUGGCAUAUGGAGCUGCAGCUGCUGGCCCAUGCCACGGCCACAGCAAUGCCAGAUCUGAGCCCUGUCUGCAACCUAUACUGCUGCCCGAGGCAAUACCAGAUCCUUAACCCACUGAGCAAGGCCAGGGAUUGAACCCUUAUCCUCAUGGAUACUGGUCAGCUUCUUAACCAGCUGAGCCACAAUGGGAAAUCCUCAAAUUCUCUUUUGCCAUGCAUUGCCCCCACCUCUCCCUUAAGUCUACUUUUGUCCAGGUCACCAGAGAACUUCAUGUUGUUCAAUCCCAUGGUCAAUUCUCAGUCCUCAAUGCCCAUGACCUCUCAGCAGUAGCGGAUCCCACUUUGAAGAAAUGUUUCACUUUGCAUUCACCACUAUUUUCCUUUUACUCAGUGGUUUCUCCUGAGUUUCCUUUGUCUGUAUCUUUUCCAUCUCUCCAACCUCUAAAUUUUGGAAUAACCCAGGGGUCAUACCCAGACCACCCAGACCACAUCUCUUUAGUAUUUACACUUCUUUCUUUUCCUUCCUUCCUUCCUUCCUUCCUCCCUUCCUUCCUUUUUCAUUCUUUCUUUUCUUUUCUUUUCUUUUCUUUCUUUCUUUCUUUCUUUCUUUCUUUCUUUCUUUCUUUCUUUCUUUCUUUCUUUCUUUCUUUCUUUCUUUCUCUCUCUCUCUCUCUCUCUCUCUCUCUCUCUCUCUCUCUCUUUCUUUCUUUCUUUCUUUCUUUCUUUCUUUCUUUCUUUCUUUCUUUCCUUCUUUCUUUCUUUCCCUUCCUUCCUUCUCUUUUCUUUUCUUUUUCUUUCUAGGGCCACACUCAUGGCAUAUGGAAGUUCCCAGGCUAGGGGUCAAAUCAGAGCUAUGGCUGCUGGCCCACACCACAGCUCACGGCAACAUCGGAUCCUUAACCCACUGAGAGAGGCCAGGUAUUGAACAUGCAUCCUCAUGGAUACUAGUCCAUGAGCCAUGAUGGGAACUCCCUCAUUUCUUUUUUAUGUUAGCCAUGGACUAAUCCCUGAGACCUAUGACUCUCUGACCUUAUAUGGCAAAAGGGACUUACAGCUGUGAUCCCUCCCCUGGACUCAACAUGUAAAUAUCCACCUAUUUACAUGACAUCUCCCAUUGCAUGCAUAACAGGCAUCUCCAUCUUGACAUGUCUAAAUUCAAACGCCCCAGACAUGCUUCCCAUGCAGUUUCCCAUUCCCCAAUCACAUCAAUCCUCCUAUUUGUUCUGACCAUGAACCCUUGGUGUCAUCCUUGACUUCAUUCUGUUUCUCACACCCCACACUCCAUCAGCAAAUACUGAUAUCUUUUUCCUCAUUAUAUAUAUUUAAAUAUUUAUUUGCGCAUAACUCUAUGAAAAAUACGUAUUGCACAUAACUCUAUGAAAAAUAUAAUAAAAUACCUUUCACCACUUCUCUGCUCCAAUAGAACCACCAUUUCUCACUUGGAUUAUUGCAGUAUCCUUAUAGUCUUCUACUUUUGUCCUUAAUCCUUUAAUACCUAUUUUCAUAAUAGCAUCCAAAUUAAUCUUUUUAAAGCCUAAGUUGCAUAGAACAUGAUGGAGGAUGAUAUGGGAAAAAGAAUGUGUAUGUAUGUAGGAUUGAUAACUUUGUACUACAGCAGAAAUUGGCACAAUAUUGUAAAUCAACUAUAAUAAUAAUAAUUAUUAUUAUUAUUAGGGUUAGGUUUAGGGUUAUAGGGUAAUAAUGUAACUAUUAUUAUUAUAAAACAAGUUGUAUCCCUUGACCUGUUAGGUCAGAACUCCCCACAGGUCCACUUUAUCCCAUAGGUCCUUUAGAAGACCCUCUAUCAGCUGACCUUAUCUCCCAUGCCCCCCUCCUCCCUUGAUCCACUCUAGGAUACUGGGCUUUUUGCCAGUCCUUCAGUACUCCAUGAGUGCGCCUUCCUCAGAGCCUUUGCUCUCUAGAAUUUUCUCCCUCCAGGUAUCUAUGUCUCAUUUCCCGACUUCCUUCAGGUCUUUGUACAGAUAUUGUCUUCUCAGUAAGACCUACCCUGACCUCCCUUUAUAAAACUGCAGAUUCUUCCUGGUGCCCCCCUCCCCCCUCCAUGCUCCGUUUUCCUCCACGGUACUUCACAAGGCUGUGUGUCAGGGUGCAUUUAUUCUGGGCUGUAGUUUAAAGACAGGUGGGUAUUGAGGCCUUCAAGUAUAAUCUGCAAUCUGUUAUGCAAAUACCAUGAUUAUUCCCAGGAACUGGCAACACUGAAACAUUAAUUUUUUUAUUAUUGUUGUUGAUUUAUAAUGCUGUCAAUUUCUGUUGUACAGCAAAGCAACCUAGUUAUACAUUUAUAUACAUCCCUUUUUUCACAUUAUCCUCCAUCAUGUUCUAUCAUAAGUGACUAGAUACAGUUCCCUGUGCUAUACAGGAGGAUAUUGUUGCUUAUCCAUUCAAAAUGCAAUAGUUUGCAUCAACUAACCCCAAACUCCCAGUCCCUCCCAGUCCCUCCCCCUUCCUCUUGGCAAUCACUGUUCUCCAUGUCCAUGAGUUUGUUCUUUUCUAUAGAUAGGUUCAUUUGUGUCGUCUAUUAGGUUCCAGGUAUAAGUGAUAUCAUAUGGUAUUUGUCUUCCUCCUUCCACUUACUUCCCUUAGAAUGAGUGUCUCUAGUUCCAUUUAUGUUUCUUCAAAUGGCAUUAUUUUGUUCUUUUUUAUGGCUGAGUAGUAUUCCAUCGUGUAUAUGUACUGCAUCUUCUUAACACAUUCACAUGUUGAUGGACAUUUAGGUUGUUUCCCUAUCUUGGCUAUUGGGCAACACUGAUACAUUAAUGAACUUGCUCAAAGUAUAGCUUUUAUAACUAAUAGGUAUAAAGGUUGGGAAUUGGAAUCUUGGAAUUGGAUUCUAAAGCCCUUGCUUUUGAUCACAAUAUGUUGGUUAAAUAAAGUAUCCCUUAUACACA